GGGAGGCAGAGGUUGCAGUGAGCUGAUACUGCGCCACUGCACUCCAGCCUGGGCAACAAGAGCGAGACUGCGUCUCAAAAAAAAAAAAAAAAAAAAAGUUCCUUCCGUAGUUCUCAUGCAAGGGAGGGGUUCGACUUGCAACCGACCUGAAACCAAGCACUGGCGCAAGAUUUGCUCAAGCCCCUCCUCUUGGCCAAACUUUCCGGAGGGGAAGGCUUUCCGAGGAAACGAAAGCGAAAUUGAACCGGAGCCAUCUUGGGCCCGGCGCGCAGACCCGCAGAGUUUCCUGUGCCGACGCCUCGGGCUACUUGCAGUGCGAAGCAGCAGGGGUGUGGGGGCCUCGAGGGGCUGGCGCGGCCCAGCGGUCUGGCCAGGCUCGUGCCGCCGGCGGGUCGGGUCGGGUCGGGCAAUGCCUCUCGGGCGCCAUGAACCCGUGGCAGGGGUAUUCCCUCAACGGAUACUACCCCCAUCCAUUUCAAGGCUAUGAGCACAGAAAGCUCAGAUACCAGCAGCCUGGGCCAGGAUCUUCCCCCAAUAGUUUCCUGCUUAAGCAAAUAGAGUUUCUCAAGGGGCAGAUCCCAGAAGCGCCGGUGAUUAGAAAGCAGACACCGUCACUACCACCUUCCCUCCCAGGACUCCAGCCAAGGUUUCCAGUACUACCUGCCUCUAGUACCAGAGGCAGGCAAGUGGAUAUCAGGGGUGUCCCCAGGUGCGUGCAUCUCGGAAGUCAGGGGCUCCAGAGAGGGUUCCAGCAUCCUUCACCACGUGGCAGGAUUCCGCCACGGAGAGGUGUUGAUUGCCUUUCCUCACGUUUCCAGGAACUGAGUAUCAACCAAGAUCAGGAACAAAGGAUCUUAAAGUUCUUGGAAGAGCUUGGGGAAGGGAAGGCCACGACAGCACAUGAUCUGUCUUGGAAACUGGGGGCUCCAAAGAAAGAAAUCAAUCGAGUUUUAUAUUCCCUGGCAAAGAAGGGCAAGCUACAGAAAGAGGCACGAACACCCCCUUUGUGGAAAAUCGCGGUCUCCACUCAGGCUUGGAACCAGCACAGCGGAGUGGUAAGACCAGACGGUCAUAGCCAAGGAGCCCCAAACUCAGACCCACAUUUGGAACCUGAAGACAGAAACUCCACAUCUGUCUCAGAAGAUCUUGAGCCUUUUAUCUCAGUCUCCGCUCAGGCUUGGAACCAGCACGGCAGAGUGGUAAGACCAGACGGUCAUAGCCAAGGAGCCCCAAACUCAGAGCCGAGUUUGGAACCUGAAGACAGAAACUCCACAUCUGUCUCGGAAGAUCUUGAGCCUUUUAUCUCAGUCUCAGCUCAGGCUUGGAACCAGCACAGCGGAGUGGUAAGACCAGACGGUCAUAGCCAAGGAGCCCCAAACUCAGAGCCGAGUUUGGAACCUGAAGACAGAAACUCCACAUCUGCCUUGGAAGAUCCUCUUGAGUUUUUUGACAUGGCUGAGAUCAAGGAGAAAAUCUGCGACUAUCUCUUCAAUGUGUCUGACUCCUCUGCCCUGAAUUUGGCUAAAAAUAUUGGCCUCACCAAGGCCCGAGAUAUAAAUGCCGUGCUAAUUGACAUGGAAAGGCAGGGGGAUGUCUAUAGACAAGGGACAACCCCUCCCAUAUGGCAUUUGACAGACAAGAAGCGAGAGAGGAUGCAAAUCAAGAGAAAUACGAACAGUGUUCCUGAAACCGCUCCAGCUGCAAUCCCUGAGACCAAAAGAAACACAGAGUUCCUCACCUGUAAUAUACCCACAUCAAAUGCCUCAAAUAACAUGGUAACCACCGAAAAAGUGGAGAAUGGGCAGGAACCUGUCAUAAAGUUAGAAAACAGGCAGGAGGCAAGACCAGAACCAGUAAGACUGAAACCACCUGUUCAUAACAAUGGCCCCUCAAAAGCAGGGUAUGUUGACUUUGAAAAUGGCCAGUGGGCCACAGAUGACAUCCCAGAUGACUUGAAUAGUAUCCGCGCAGCACCAGGUGAGUUUCGAGCCAUCAUGGAGAUGCCCUCCUUCUACAGUCAUGGCUUGCCACGGUGUUCACCCUACAAGAAACUGACAGAGUGCCAGCUGAAGAACCCCAUCAGCGGGCUGUUAGAAUAUGCCCAGUUCGCUAGUCAAACCUGUGAGUUCAACAUGAUAGAGCAGAGUGGACCACCCCAUGAACCUCGAUUUAAAUUCCAGGUUGUCAUCAAUGGCCGAGAGUUUCCCCCAGCUGAAGCUGGAAGCAAGAAAGUGGCCAAGCAGGAUGCAGCUAUGAAAGCCAUGACAAUUCUGCUAGAGGAAGCCAAAGCCAAGGACAGUGGAAAAUCAGAAGAAUCAUCCCACUAUUCCACAGAAAAAGAAUCGGAGAAGACCACAGAGUCCCAGACCCCCACCCCUUCAGCCACGUCCUUCUUUUCUGGGAAGAGCCCCGUCACCACACUGCUCGAGUGUAUGCACAAAUUGGGGAACUCCUGCGAAUUCCGUCUCCUGUCCAAAGAAGGCCCUGCCCAUGAGCCCAAGUUCCAGUACUGUGUUGCAGUGGGAGCCCAAACUUUCCCCAGUGUGAGUGCCCCCAGCAAGAAAGUGGCAAAGCAGAUGGCCGCAGAGGAAGCCAUGAAGGCCCUGCAUGGGGAGGCAACCAACUCCAUGACUUCUGAUGACCAGCCCGAAGGUAUGAUCUCAGAGUCACUUGAUAACUUGGAAUCCGUGAUGCCCAACAAGGUCAGGAAGAUUGGCGAGCUUGUGAGAUACUUGAACACCAAUCCUGUGGGUGGCCUUUUGGAGUACGCCCGCUCCCAUGGCUUUGCUGCUGAAUUCAAGUUGGUCGACCAGUCUGGACCUCCUCACGAGCCCAAGUUCGUUUACCAAGCAAAAGUUGGGGGUCGCUGGUUCCCAGCCGUCUGCGCACACAGCAAGAAGCAAGGCAAGCAGGAAGCAGCAGAUGCGGCUCUCCGUGUCUUGAUUGGGGAGAACGAGAAGGCAGAACGCAUGGGUUUCACAGAGGUAACCCCAGUGACAGGGGCCAGUCUCAGAAGAACUAUGCUCCUCCUCUCAAGGUCCCCAGAAGCACAGCCAAAGACACUCCCUCUCACUGGCAGCACCUUCCAUGACCAGAUAGCCAUGCUGAGCCACCGGUGCUUCAACACUCUGACUAACAGCUUCCAGCCUUCCUUGCUCGGCCGCAAGAUUCUGGCCGCCAUCGUUAUGAAAAAAGACUCUGAGGACAUGGGUGUCGUCGUCAGCUUGGGAACAGGGAAUCGCUGUGUGAAAGGAGAUUCUCUCAGCCUGAAGGGAGAAACUGUCAAUGACUGCCAUGCAGAAAUCAUCUCCCGGAGAGGCUUCAUCAGGUUUCUCUACAGUGAGUUAAUGAAAUACAACCCCCAGACUGCGAAGGAUAGUAUAUUUGAACCUGCUAAGGGAGGAGAAAAGCUCCAAAUAAAAAAGACUGUGUCAUUCCAUCUCUAUAUCAGCACCGCUCCAUGUGGAGAUGGUGCCCUCUUUGACAAGUCCUGCAGCGACCGUGCUAUGGAAAGCACAGACUCCCGCCACUACCCUGUCUUUGAGAAUCCCAAACAAGGCAAGCUCCGCACCAAGGUGGAAAAUGGAGAAGGCACAAUCCCUGUGGAAUCCAGUGACAUUGUACCUACGUGGGAUGGCAUUCGGCUCGGGGAGAGACUCCGUACCAUGUCCUGUAGUGACAAAAUCCUACGCUGGAAUGUGCUGGGCCUGCAAGGGGCACUGUUGACCCACUUCCUGCAGCCCAUUUAUCUCAAAUCUGUUACAUUGGGUUACCUUUUCAGCCAAGGGCAUCUGACCCGGGCUAUUUGCUGUCGUGUGACAAGAGAUGGGAGUGCAUUUGAGGAUGGACUACGACAUCCCUUUAUUGUCAACCACCCCAAGGUUGGCAGAGUCAGCGUAUAUGAUUCCAAAAGGCAAUCUGGGAAGACUAAGGAGACAAGCGUCAACUGGUGUCUGGCUGAUGGCUAUGACCUGGAGAUCCUGGACGGUACCAGAGGCACCGUGGAUGGGCCACGGAAUGAAUUGUCCCGGGUCUCCAAAAAGAACAUUUUUCUUCUAUUUAAGAAGCUCUGCUCCUUCCGUUACCGCAGGGAUCUACUGAGACUCUCCUAUGGUGAGGCCAAGAAAGCUGCCCGUGACUACGAGACGGCCAAGAACUACUUCAAAAAAAGCUUGAAGGAUAUGGGCUAUGGGAACUGGAUUAGCAAACCCCAGGAGGAAAAGAACUUUUAUCUCUGCCCAGUAUAGUAUGCUCCGGUGACAGAUGGAUUAGGGUGUGUCAUACUAGGGUGAGAGAGAGGUAGGUCGUAGCAUUCCUCAUCACAUGGUCAGGGGAUUUUUUUUUCCUCCUUUUUUUUCUUUUUAAGCCAUAAUUGGUGAUACUGAAAACUUCGGGUUCCCAUUUAUCCUGCUUUCUUUGGGAUUGCUAGGCAAGGUCUGGCCAGGCCCCCCUUUUUUCCCCCCAAGUGAAGAGGUAGAAACCUAAGAAGUGAUCUUUUCUUUCUAUACUCAAAGCAUACAUAGUCACUGAGCACCUGCAGUCCAUUUCCUCUUAAAAGUUUUUUUUUUUUUUCCAUUUCCUUUCCCUUUGUGUUUGCUACACUGACCUCUUGUGGUCUUGAUUAGGUUUCAGUCAAUUCUGGAUCAUGUCCGAGACUGAUGAUUUCUUUUGUGGGUUACGCAGACCCCUCUACUUCCCCCUUCCCCUUCUGAGAUUCUUUCCUUGUGAUCAGAAUUUCUCCUUUUCUCCCUCAGAGGGUAAAAAGGCGAACUUAAAGGAUCUGGUGAAACAUUUGUAAGGGUAGGAGUUGAAAACUGCAGUUCCCAGUGCCACGGAAGUGUGAUUGGAGCCUACAGAUAAUGCCCUGCCAUCCUCCCAUCCUGCACUUUAGCCAGCUGCAGGGCGGGCAAGGCAAGGAAAGCUGCUUCCCUGGAAGUGUGCCCCUUUCCCCGGCAGCAGGGAAGUCUAGAACCAGCCAGACUGGGUUAAGGGAGUUGCCCAAGCCAUAGGGGAGGUUUCACCCAGCAAGGUGACACAGACCACUUCCCAGGAGCACGGGCAUGCCUUGGGAUAUUGCCAAGCUUCCAGCUGCCUCUUCUCCUAAAGCACUCCUAGGAAUUUGCCCUGCAAAUGCUGGGCGUGCACCCUAGCCAACGUAGGAAAAAAUCCAGGACAAAUCCUAGAGGGUAGAAAAUCAUCUCUGCUCAGAUAAUCAUGACUUAGCAAGAAUAAGGGCAAAAAAUCCUGUUGGCUCACGUCACUGUUCUACCCUGCAUAAUAUCUCUCAUGACAGUGACACCAAGAGAAGUUGACUAAGUCAUAUGUAAAUUAGGAGUGUUUAAAAGAAUGCCAUAGAUGUUGAUUCUUAACUGCUACAGACAACCUAUAAUUGAGCAGAUUUAAAAUUCAGGCAUACUUUUCCAUUUAUCCAAGUGCUUUCAUUUUUCCAGAUGGCUUCAGAAGUAGGCUCGUGGGCAGAGCGCAGACCUGAUCUUUAUAGUGUUGACAUAGAAAGCAGUAGUAGUGGGUGAAAGGACAGGUUGUCUUCAAACUCUGUGAGGUGGAAUCUUUUGUCUACACCUCCAUGAACAUUGACUCGUGUGUUCAGAGCCUUUGGCCUCCCUGUGGAGUCUGGCUCUCUGGCUCCUGUGCAUUCUUUGAAUAGUCACUCGUAAAAAUUGUCAAUGCUUGAAACUAUUUCUUUUACUCACGUUGAAGGGACUUUGUUGACUUUUAGAGUGUUGGUCAUGACUCCAGGAGCAGAGCAGGGAAGAGCCCAAGCAUAGACUUGAGUGCCGUGAUGGCUGCGGUCCAGUUUUGUGAUUCUGCUUUUACGUGUUACUUGAUAACAGUCAGCUAGACACACUCAGGAGGACUACUGAGGCUCUGCGACCUUCAGGACCUGAGCCUGCCUCUCUCCUUUAGAUGACAGACCUUCAUCUGAGAAUGUGCUGAGCCAGCACCCUCAGAUGAUUUCCCUCCAAACUGCUGACUAGGUCACCCGCUGUCUGGUAGAGACAUUCACAUCUUUGCUUUUAUUCUAUACCCUCGGUACUUUUGACCAAAAAAUGACCAAAAUAAGAAAAUGCAACUUUAAAAAAUAGACUAAGGAUGCCUUUGCAGAACACCAAAGCAUCCCAAGGAACCGGUAGGGAAAUGAUGCCUGUCUCCUGGGGUAGAAGAGGCCUGCUCCCUGGCUCUGGGUCUGCUGGGGGCACAGUAAAUCAGUCUUGGCACCCACAUCCAGGUCAGAGAGGUCUGUGGUUCUCAGCAUCAGGAAGGCAGCGCAGCCCCUCUCCAGGCUACAGGGUUGUCACCUGCUGAGUCCUCAAGCUGUUUGGCCUCUCUGGUCCGUCUUGGGCAUUAGAUUCUCCAGCAGAGCUCUGGCCAGCUGCCUCCUCUUUAACUGGGAACACGAGCUCUCACAAGAUCAGAACCCCCACUCACCCCUGAGAUCUUAUCUAGCAAGCCUGUAGUAUUCAGUUUCUGUUGUAGGAAGAGCGCGAGGCAUCCCUGAAUUCCAUGCAUCUGCUGGAAAUGAGCCGUGUCAGAUCGCACACCCCCGCGCCCCCAUGCCCCUCUGAGUCACGGGACAGAGGAGGCAGAGCUUCCGCCCACUGUUAUCUUCAAUUUCUUUGUCCAGUCUUUUGUUUUUAAUAAGCAGUGCCCCUCCCCACUCUUCUUUUUAAUGAUUUUUGUAGUUGAUUUGUCUGAACUGUGGCUACUGUGCAUUCCUUGAAUAAUCACUUGUAAAAAUUGUCAGUGCUUGAAGCUGUUUCCUUUCCUCACAUUGAAGGGACUUUGUUGGUUUUUUGGAGUCUUGGUUUUGACUCCAAGAACAGAGUCAGGAAGACCCCAAGCAUAGACUUGGGUACCGUGAAAAUGGCUGCAGUCCAGUUUUAUGAUUCUGCUUUUAUGUGUCCCUUGAUAACAGUGACUUAACAAUAUACAUUCCUCAUAAAUAAAAAAAAAAACCAAGAAUCUGAAUUCUUA